UCUUCCUCGUUUGACACCCGCCGCAUCCACACAACCCUGGUCUGGUGGUACUUGUUCGUGGUCUUCCGCCAUGGCGUCGGCGAUCUUCUCUCCCGAUCUCCGAUCUACUCAUGUUAUUUUUCCUCAGGUGGACAGGCCUCUCUCCUAUCCCGCUUCCCCCCAAUCUAUCGGCAGGGCAGCAAAGGCGCGACCUCGCCAUGCCCGCAGCUGCCUCGCAGCGAGGUCGUGAGGUCACAAGGCAGAGUGCGACAUCAGCCACAUGCUCUCAACCUCAACUGCGUGCCCUAGAUCGGACCGCGAUACUGAUCUUUCAAGUUGUAUUCCACUGACUUAGGGUUUGAAGAAUUUCAUCAAGACAACUAGAGUCCUUUUGCUCAAAAUGCAGAAAUUUGAUGGAGACAGCUAUCCUGAGCACUUCUGCUUCCAUGGGAAUCCCACUGCAUGCAGCCAACUUUUCUGAUGUAAUUUCAACAUCCGUUCAAUCUUCAUCUGGUCUACAAAACAAUUGGUUGGGGAAGUCGGCACAUAUUUCCAUGGCUGAUAUUGUCAAGAUGGGCAGACCUCAAGGGAAACAUCCAAGCAUGCCUGCCAUUGCAAGUGGAAAACCUUACAUAUCUGAAAAUGCAGCAACAUCAAAUGGAUCACAUCUCAAUGCAAAACAAAUCCCAGCUUCAAUUUUUCCAUCUGAAGCUAAGGAGAAAUUAGACUCUUUUCAGGAAUCUACUUAUAUUUCUGAUAUUAAUCAUGGCCUUGGAACUGCUAAAAAUCAGCAUAUUUCUACUGAUGGAUGGUACAUAUGUGAUGAGCAACCCACAGAAAGUGUUCCAAAUUUUACAGAUAUAUCUGGUGCCUCAGCAGUUUAUGCUAACCCAUCAGCCUUAGCAGCAUCUAGUAUGGUAAUUGCUGGUUCUGACUUGUAUAUAGAUCCUUGUUUGGAAGAUUUCCAAGACCGGGAUGAAAGACCUAACGAUAAACCUCAGCCAGUCGAAUAUAUUCCUGUACCAGAGAGGAAGAUAGAUGUAGACACUGCAAUAGAUGGUUCACAUUCAAAGAGUAUAGAUGCUUACCAAUCUAAAGAUGUUGAAUUUGAUCAUCAUGAAGGAAAAAAGAUUUGGGACGAGAAGUUUUUGAACAAAUGCAUAAAAGAAAUCAAGACACCCAGUUUAUUGACAACAAAUUGGUAUUCGUAAAGAAAAGCUUAUCGAGGAAGGUAGAAAAAUUGAAGAAAAUCUUAUGAAGAUGGUUCGUAAGAUGAUUCAAGAGAUAGGAUAUAUAAUCAUUCACAUCCAGAAGGAUCUAGUCCCUGUGAGCAACGUGAUAGAUGAAAUACACAUUAAUUUAUUGUGGAUUUAAAAAAUUAUCAGUAUCUUACAAUUUGAUUAUGGUGAAAUUUAUUUGGAUGAUAUGAAUAUUUAUUCAUCUCAAUAUUAAUUGUAUGAUACUUUUGGAUUAGAAAUUAGUUAUUUAAAUAUUUUUAAUUUA